CGGGCACCGGCGGCCCCAAGGCCAGGAGGACAAGCAGCGGCAGCAGCAGCAGCAGCAGCAGGAGGAGGAGACCCCCGCAGGAACCACCGAUUCAGCCCCCCCAUCUCAGCAGGGAAAGGCUCCUUAGAAAGAGAGCUCAGACGGCAUGCAAAGUUGUGACAGCUCUGGAGACAGUACUGAGGAGCCUGUCGGUGGCGGCCUGCGCGGGAGACCGAGGCAGCCUCGGAUCGUGGUGAUUGGCGCUGGGCUCGCCGGCCUGUCCGCAGCCAGAACCCUCCUGGAGCACGGAUUCACCGACGUCACAGUGCUCGAGGCAUCGGACCGAAUCGGAGGCCGAGUCCAGAGCGUGAAGCUCGAGCACGCCACCUUUGAGCUGGGAGCCACGUGGAUCCACGGUUCCCAUGGAAAUCCAGUCUACCAUCUAGCAGAAGACAAUGGCUUACUGGAAGAGACGACCGAUGGGGAGCGGAGCGUGGGCCGGAUCAGCCUCUACUCCAAGAAUGGGGUGGCUUACCACCUCACCAACCACGGCCGGAGGAUCCCGAAAGAUGUGGUUGAAGAAUUCAGUGAUUUAUACAACGAGGUCUAUAACCUGACUCAGGAGUUCUUCCAGCGAGGCAAACCAGUCAACGCCGAGAGCCAGAAUAGCGUGGGCGUCUUCACACGCGAUGUGGUGCGGAAACGCAUCAAAGCCGACCCGGACGACUCGGAGACCACCAAGCGCCUGAAGCUGGCCAUGAUCCAGCAGUACCUGAAGGUGGAGAGCUGCGAGAGCAGCUCCCACAGCAUGGACGAGGUGUCCCUUAGCGCCUUUGGAGAGUGGACGGAGAUCCCGGGGGCCCACCACGUCAUACCCUGCGGCUUCGUCCGGAUCGUGGAGCUGCUGGCCCAGCCCAUCCCGCACUCCGUCAUCCAGCUGUGCAAGCCGGUCCGCUGUGUGCACUGGGACCAGGCCGUCCCCGGGAGCCCCGAGAUCGAGCCGGCCGGCGACCACAACCGCGACCGGGGCGGGCACCGAGAGGGCCACCAGGAGGAGGACCGGGAGGACGGGGAGGGGCGGCGGGGGCGGGUCUUCGUGGAAUGCGAGGACUGCGAGGUGAUCCCCGCCGACCACGUCAUCGUCACCGUGUCCCUGGGGGUCCUGAAGAAAUACCACGAGACCCUGUUCCGGCCGGGGCUGCCCGAGGAGAAGGUGGCGGCCAUCCAGAAGCUGGGCAUCAGCACCACCGACAAGAUCUUCCUGGAGUUCGAGGAGCCCUUCUGGAGCCCCGAAUGCAACAGUAUCCAGUUCGUGUGGGAGGACGAGGCGGAGAGCGAGACCCUCACCUACCCCGAGGGGCUCUGGUACAAGAAGAUCUGCAGCUUCGACGUGCUCUACCCGCCCGAACGCUACGGCCACGUGCUGAGUGGCUGGAUCUGCGGCGAGGAGGCCCUCGUCAUGGAGCGCUGCGACGACGAGACCGUGGCCGAGACCUGCACCGAGAUGCUGCGCAGAUUUACAGGGAACCCCAAUAUCCCGAAGCCCCGCCGGAUCCUCCGCUCCUCCUGGGGCAGCAACCCCCACUUCCGGGGGUCCUACUCCUACACCCAGGUGGGGUCGAGCGGGGCUGACGUGGAGCGGCUGGCCAAGCCCCUGCCGUACCCGGAGAGCUCCAAGACGGUGCCAAUGCAGGUGCUGUUCUCCGGGGAGGCGACGGACCGGAAAUAUUACUCCACCACCCAUGGGGCUCUGCUGUCCGGCCAGCGCGAGGCGGCCCGCCUCAUUGACAUGUACCAAGACCUUUGGCGAGAUGAAAACUGACUGCCCCCAGCCGGGGAACACCCGCCGACUCGAUCCCGCUGAGCGCCGGGGGCUCUCGUCGAUUUUUCACUCGCGGGGGUCCUUAGUAGGGUGAUUUUUAUCUUUUUUAUAUUGAUCCUAACCAAACAAGUCAGCAACUGUAGCUUAUUUCUCACGUACUGUAUUGUUCUGAGGAAGGGAGUGCUCUCUCUCUCUCUCUCUCGAUGACUGUCUUUUUCUGUCUCUUGCUGUCUCUCUCACUUGUUUGAUCUCUUCUGGGUGGCAUUUUGUUCCAAGGGUUGAGCGCUUCCCGGUUCUGUCUGAAUGUCGUUUUUCCUGUAUAGUAAGUGCCUUCAAUACUAAACCAUUGGAAUAAAAAUGGAUUUGAGCAUUG